AUGAAAAAAGGUCAUCGUCGGUGGACAUGGGAAUCGCUCAAUGGCGCGACUCGUGCGGAGAUCGACUACAUACUCACCAUCCGGAGGUGGUGUCUACUUCACGCCUCAGUAGUACCAUCCUUUUGUAGUGGUUCUGAUCACCGUCUCCUUCGUGCGAAAAUACGACUUAACAACACGAUGGAAAAGAACAUCUGCUAUCGGCAACGAAGGAGAAAAGAAGUCGUCUACGACGACUGCGUACUCGAGGACUCCUUAUCCCAAGGUGACUGGCACAUCGAGGAGGACCCAAACGUGGACUACGAGAUGCUGCUCAGAGGAUUACGAGCCUGUGCUGGACGUGCCUCGAAGCCGCGCACGACAAACUUGGAUCCAAUUUCGAAGACCAUCAAGGAAUUGUUGGAAAGAAGAAGGGCUUUGAGGCUUGAUCCGAAUGCAUCGCACACUGAGCGGCAGAAGAAGAUUCUGGAAGUAGCACAAAGAAGAACGAGUCUAAAGAAGUGCCGCAGAGAACUCUGCGAAUAUAAUAUUCCGCUAGCAGCCCUGCUGAGCGAAGACGGAACUCGAACGUCUUCUCGUCGUGAGAUGGAAAUCAUUACGGAGAGGUUCUACUCGAACCUUUUCCGUUCAUCAACUCUUGUGUCAAGCCCAAUCAUCCCCACUGGCGAAGCUCCAUCACGGAUUCUCCCUUCGGAAGUACGAGUCGCUAUCAAGAGCAUGAAACCUGGCACAGCCCCCGGACCUGAUUUUAUAUCAGCAAACUUUCUUCGGGCUGGUGGCCAUCCGCUUCAUGUAAUCUUAGCAGCGCACAUGACAUCCUACCAUCAGAAAGAAAGGAUCCCAGACCAGUGGAAGACUUCGCGAACCGUUCUUAUCCAUAAGAAAGGUGACCGAAAGGACCUUCGGAACUACCGUCCGAUAUGCUUGCUGAGCGUGUUAUACAAAGUAUUCACCAAGAUCACGCGCAUAUAUAGGACGCUGGAUGAAGCCCAGCCUCAAGAACAAGCUGGAUUCCGCCAGGGGUUCAGCUGCUUGGACCACAUCCAGACCGUGUCGAGGGUCAUAGAGGUUUGCCGGGAAUACCGCCUGCCCUUUGUUCUAACCUUCGUCGACUAUGAGAAAGCCUUUGACAGCGUAGAAACGAAUGCAAUACUGUCAGCGCUGGUCGAUCAAGGUGUGGACGAGUCGUAUGUGAGGACAUUAGCCCACUGCUACGAUCGAUGCACGACUAGGAUACAGCUUUUCCACCGCCCUCUCACCAUACCCAUUGGAAAGGAGGUACGACAAGGCGAUACUAUAUCGCCGAAGCUGUUCACGGCUGCAUUGCAAUGGAUAAUGAAAUCACUAUCCUGGGAAGAAAGAGGCCUACGUGUUGAUGGAAGAUUUCUUUCGAACCUUCGUUUCGCGGACAACAUCGUUCUCUUUUCGAGCAGUACCAAUGAAGCAGAAACAAUGCUCAACGAAUUGAACGAAGCAGGGAAGAGAAUAGGACUGCGAAUAAACAGAAAGAAGACACAGUUUAUGAAGAACGCCUACUGCGAGGAUGGAGGAGUACAACUUGAAGGCUCCCAAAUCGUGGAAACUCCGUCAUACGUAUACCUCGGACGUUCUAUGAACAUGGAAAACGACUUGAAGGAAGAACUGAAUAGAAAAAUGAGAGCAGCAUGGGCAGCAUUCGCAGCCGUCAGGGAAGCUACGGACCAACUGACGGACCAAGAUCUUCGAGCCCGUCUGUUCGACUCGACAGUCCUUCCAGCGCUCUGUUACGCAGCGGAGACGUGGGCAGAUACCGCGGCCACGUCUAGGAAGCUACUUACUACCCACAGAGCCCUUGAGAGAUGUCUCCUGAAGUUUAACCGGCGCACACAACACCUUGCCGGUCUUCGUAGCUCCGACUUAAGAGGAAUGUCCCGUCUUCGCGACCUAGCAGAAUAUGUAUCGAAAGCAAAACAUAGAUGGGUCGGUCACAUCAUGAGAAGAAUCGACGAUAGAUGGACUAAAAGAACGCUAGAGUGGAUCCUAAGGGACGCUAAACGUCCCCGAGGGAGACCGCUAACGAGAUGGGGUGACGUGUUCGCUGCACGGAUGGACCAGCUGAGAGCUCAGCUGGAUACGGCUCAAGGACCUCGUCAACGUCACUCACGAAGCUUGAGAACAUCUUGGAUGACAAUGGCGAGGGAACGAAAGAGUGGAAGAUAUGCUGGGGCCCGCACGUCCAGUGAAGACGGGCCAUCUAAGUAUCUAAGUUCUAUUCUAGAUGAGUCACAACGACCUGAAGACUGGUGGAAUUUCGUAAACGGUAGCGCUUGA